CCUAGCCGGGCGGACGGGGGAGGAGGCGGCCUCUUAUAUGGAAUUUGGACCCCGGCGCUCCCCUCCAGGGCUGGUGUCCCGGCCGCGGCCCUGGCGCAGUCCGCCGCCUCCCGCUAGGCGCUCGGGAGGAGGAGGAGACGCAGCCGGCUGCGCGCGCGGCAGGAGGACCGAAGCUCCCUCCUCUGGGGGGCAGGCGCGCGGAAGGCGCUGGUGACUGAGCGACUGUCGGGGCUGCCUGGGUCCGGAGCUCGGGGCUCGGUGGGCCUGCAGCUGCACGGGACGGACCCGCAGAGUUGGGCAGUGGGGGAGGCCCGCCCGGGCCCCCUGCCCGCGGCCGCCAUGGCGGAGAAUUGGAAGAACUGCUUCGAGGAGGAGCUCAUCUGCCCCAUCUGCUUGCAUGUCUUCGUGGAGCCGGUGCAAUUGCCGUGCAAGCACAACUUCUGCCGGGGCUGCAUUGGCGAGGCGUGGGCCAAGGACAGCGGCCUGGUGCGCUGCCCGGAGUGCAACCAGGCGUACAACCAGAAGCCGGGCCUGGAGAAGAACCUGAAGCUUACCAACAUCGUGGAGAAGUUCAACGCCCUGCACGUGGAGAAGCCGCCCGCGGCGCUGCACUGCGUGUUCUGCCGCCGCGGCCCCCCGCUGCCGGCGCAGAAGGUCUGCCUGCGCUGCGAGGCGCCCUGCUGCCAGUCCCACGUGCAGACGCACCUGCAGCAGCCCUCCACCGCCCGCGGGCACCUCCUGGUGGAGGCGGACGACGUGCGGGCUUGGAGCUGCCCCCAGCACAACGCCUACCGCCUCUACCACUGUGAGGCCGAGCAGGUGGCCGUGUGCCAGUACUGCUGCUACUACAGCGGUGCGCAUCAGGGACACUCGGUGUGCGACGUGGAGAUCCGGAGGAAUGAGAUCCGGAAGAUGCUGAUGAAGCAGCAGGACCGUCUGGAGGAGCGAGAGCAGGACAUCGAGGACCAGCUCUACAAGCUUGAGUCAGACAAGCGCCUGGUGGAGGAGAAGGUGAGCCAGCUGAAGGAGGAGGUGCGGCUACAGUAUGAAAAGCUGCACCAGCUGCUGGACGAGGACCUGCGGCAGACGGUGGAGGUCCUGGACAAGGCCCAGGCCAAGUUCUGCAGCGAGAACGCAGCGCAGGCGCUGCACCUCGGGGAGCGCAUGCAGGAGGCCAAGAAGCUGCUGGGCUCCCUGCAGCUGCUCUUCGACAAGACAGAAGACGUCAGCUUCAUGAAGAACACCAAGUCUGUGAAAAUCCUGAUGGACAGGACCCAGACCUGCACGGGCAGCAGCCUUUCUCCCCCUAAGAUCGGCCACCUGAACUCCAAGCUCUUCCUGAAUGAGGUGGCCAAGAAGGAGAAGCAGCUGCGGAAGAUGCUAGAAGGCCCCUUCAGCACACCGGUGCCCUUCCUGCAGAGCGUCCCCCUGUACCCUUGUGGCGUGAGCAGCUCUGGGGCGGAAAAGCGCAAGCACUCAACGGCCUUCCCUGAGGCCAGUUUCCUAGAGACGUCGUCAGGCCCCGUGGGCAGCCAGUAUGGGGCAGCGGGCACAGCCAGCGGCGAGGGCCAGUCAGGGCAGCCCCUGGGGCCCUGCAGCUCCACGCAGCACUUGGUGGCUCUGCCGGGCGGCGCCCAACCAGUGCAUUCAAGUCCUGUGUUCCCCCCAUCACAGUAUCCCAAUGGCUCCGCCACCCAGCAGCCCAUGCUCCCCCAGUAUGGCGGCCGCAAGAUUCUCGUCUGUUCUGUGGACAACUGUUACUGUUCUUCCGUGGCCAACCAUGGUGGCCACCAGCCCUACCCCCGCUCCGGCCACUUUCCCUGGACAGUGCCCUCGCAGGAGUACUCACACCCGCUCCCGCCCACACCCUCCGUCCCCCAGUCCCUUCCUGGCCUGGCGGUCAGAGACUGGCUCGACGCCUCCCAGCAGCCUGGCCACCAGGAUUUCUACAGGGUGUAUGGGCAGCCGUCCACCAAACACUACGUGACGAGCUAACGCCACGCAGGCAGUGGGGUGCUGGGGAAUCUUCCCCCCCAGCCCCCCAGUGGCUCGGGAAUUACGCAUCCAGAGACCUGCCCUUCUACCUUCCUGUCUUCCCUCCCUUCCUCCUUCGUCCCCCCAAGUCUUUUCCUUUUGGAUUUUGUUUUGUUUGGGGCUUUGUUUUUGAUUUUUUUUUUUUUUUUUUUUUUUUUAAAUGAAUCUCCUGGACGCAGAGGUGAUAGUGAGAGCUGGCCUGGGCUGGGCUGCAGGUGGCCCAGGAGUUGGGAAAACGUCUACUUCAAGGCAUUGAGCUCUCUCUCUGUCUCUCCUUUUUUCUCCCACUCCUUUCCCUUCCUACCCCUGUGGCUGGAAGGAGCCUCAGCUUCCCCUGAAGCCUUGGGGGAUCCAGCCCUCCUCACCCAGCCCUGGGAGGAAGGACCAGUGGUGCCCACUGGCCCGCUUCUCCUCUCAUUUUUCUUUUGGGCAGUUUGAUCACUGAGCAAGAAAUGACCUGUAGAUUGUGGGGCUUUUUUUUUUUUUUUUUUUUUUUAAAAAAACCAAGAAUGAUUUCUCCUGCUUCCUUCUUCUCAACAUCCUCCCAGAUGGAGUUCAAAGGCCACUUCUCAAGCAGCUUUUGGCACCUUCAGCCUCAGAGUGGAAUCUUAAA